AUGUGUAUAUGUGAAUCCUUAGUGGCCACUGUCCAUUCCCAGCUAAGUUGGAACAUUCUCACACCAAUUCUCCAAGUUCCGACUUUGCACCUACAGUACAGUACCUGUGUGUAUAUCUUGCAGCAUACCUAUCCCCUGAUCCCCAGUAGUGGCUUCACCCAGCUUAGGGUCUUCAGCGGCAUCCCCGACUGCGAGUACCGAUUCAACACGAACCUGGGUGCCCGCCAGAGCUUCACUUUGAAGGGUCUGGACUACUUUUACUCGGGCAGUGUGCCCACAAGCGCCGACGGCACCUUUAAGUUGACCUACACCGUGGAGAGCCUGACCGCAGGAUGCUCCGCCUUGGAGGGCGGCACCCAGCAGCUGUACGAGGCCACCGCCCACUCGCUGUUCCUGCGACCUGCGCACGCGAUAGUGAAGUACUGGUACGAGGACGAGGUGCAGAAGUCCAACCGCUCGUGGGCCUUUGUGCGCACGCUGGCCAAUCUGCUGGCCACCACGCGAGUGGUCUGGACGGAGGACUCGACGGGCGGCGUGGCCCUGGACCAGCCCGCCCGCAAUCACGAUCUCUACGAGCUGAACACGGGCGGGUAUGCGGUGCAGGUGGCCGAUCACAAUCUCACCCAAGUGGCACUGCGAGCUGGCGGCGUUUAUGCCCUGCUCAUUGGCCAGAGCAAUGGGGAGUUCGUGUCGCGAAUGGUGGAGGUCACCGCCCCGAAUUCAAUGAGUGUGGUGUGGCUGGUGCCGCAGUACGUGGUGAUGACGCUCGGCGAGGUGAUGUUCUCCGUGACCGGACUGGAGUUCUCCUACUCCCAGUCGCCGGCCAGCAUGAAGAGCGUGCUGCAGGCAUGCUGGCUGCUCACCGUGGCCUUUGGAAACGUCAUCGUUGUGGUGGUCGCCGAACUCAAGUUCUUCGAGUCGCAGGCCAGCGAGUUCUUCCUUUUCGCCGGCCUCAUGUUCUUCGACAUGCUGAUCUUCAUGUUCGUGGCCCACUUCUACCAGCCGUACGACGAGGUGGCCGCCAUCACCGAGAGAAUGAGGGCCAGGCGCCGGGAGUGGGAACGAAGGCGGCAGGAGCACGACCAACUGAAGAGGGAUUAGGGUCCUAAACAGUUAUAAUAAUCUGAUUUGUGUUAUGCACGUCAAUAAAUAUGAUUUCAAUUCGAGCAUUAAAAAACAA